CGCUGCUCUUCCUCGUCUGUAGCAAAUCCCCUCUCUUCAUCCUCCAAUUCCCUAAUUCACUCCCCUCAUCGAGCCACAAUGGAUGCCCAGGCCAAGCAGCACUACCUGGCCGACUCGCCGCCAACCGUGGUUCGCUUGGAAGUCAAGUCUCACUUUGACAACCUCACAGACCCGAAGCUGCGGAAAUAUGCCCAUUAUCUGAGCAGAGCUGCCUUUGAGGGAACCCGUAUUACCCUCCGUCAGGUCUCCCCGGAGUCUGAGCCUAUUUACGACCUCAUUCUCGAGCUUCAUCGGGCCUGUGAUGGAAACUGGUCCGAGCUCGCUCAGAGGACCAAUGUCAGCGAUGAGCAUCUACGCUACUUCUUGGAGUAUGCAACCCAAUUCCUAGGGAACUGUGGUAACUACAAGGGUUUCGGAGACUCGAAAUUCAUUCCCCGACUCCCCGUUGAGGCACUCCAGGCUUUAGCUUCGGCCACGCCAAAGACAAAGGCUGCCUUUGACUUGGCCAAUUCUACCGGUGGUGGCAUCUACGAGACUGAUGAGCAGUCCCGCAUGCACCUCGGCUACCCGGAGGGCGGACACAUGACAACAUACUACCCCGACUCACCGUCUAUCACAAAGGAUGAGAUCACGGCUAUCGGAGAUCUUAUGGAGCAAAAAGGAUUGCCGUUGGAGAACACGAGACUCAAGAAGACCGAGUCUGGUGACUUCGAACUAUUGAUCGCAUCGGGUGUCUCCUCACCACCUGUGCGGGAUAGAGAUCUUGGCGAUGCCGAUAUCUUUGAACUGGAUGGAAAGCUCAAGGGAAAGACUCUUCGUCUCGUCUUUGGUGACUAUCGGGAGGAAAUGGCGAAAGUCGCUCACAGCGUGAAGCAGGCGGGACUUAAUGCGGCAAAUGAGAACCAGAAGCGAAUGUUGGACGCAUAUGCCAUGUCAUUCGGCUCUGGCUCGAUUGAAGCAUUCAAGGAGAGUCAAAGGAUUUGGGUGAAGGACCAGAAGCCGGCUUUAGAGACGAAUCUGGGCUUCGUCGAAACCUACAGAGACCCCCACGGUGUGAGAGGAGAGUGGGAAGGAUUUGUUGCUCUGGUCAACCUGGAGCGCACACGGGCAUUUGGAAAAUUGGUAGACAGUGCCGAGGCCAUGAUCCCCAAGCUUCCUUGGAGUAAGGAUUUCGAAAAGGACAAGUUCCUGAGUCCUGACUUCACCUCCCUGGAGGUAUUGAGCUUCCAGUCCUCUGGUAUCCCGGCUGGUAUCAAUUUGCCUAAUUACGAUGAUAUCCGGCAAAACCUUGGAUUUAAGAACGUUUCCCUCGGCAAUGUCCUUAGUGCAAAGGCUCCCAACGAGCCUGUUCCUUUCAUUGCAGAGAAGGAUUUGGAGGUCUACCGUAGAUGCCGUGAUGCUGCGUUCGAGGUCCAGGUCGGCAUUCAUGAAUUGCUUGGCCACGGAACCGGAAAGUUGCUCCAGGAAACAGCUCCUGGGGAGUACAAUUUCGAUUUCUCCAAUCCUCCCAUUAGCCCGGUGACGAACAAGCCUAUCUCAUCCUGGUAUAAGCCUGGGCAGACUUGGGGCUCGGUAUUUGGAGCGAUGUCUUCUUCAUAUGAAGAGUGCCGCGCAGAGUGCGUCGCUAUGGCGCUCAGCUGCGACUUCAGCAUUCUGCAGCUCUUUGGCUUUGGUGAUGGUAAGGAAGAUCUGGCGAACGAGGCCGGUGAUGUUCUUUUUGCAGGAUACUUGCAGAUGGCUCGUGCUGGUCUCGUGGCUCUGGAGUUCUGGGAUCCCAAGACGCAGAAGUGGGGACAGGCCCAUAUGCAGGCCCGGUACAGUAUCCUACGUACCUUCCUUGAUGCUGGAGGCGACUUUGUCAAGCUCUCAUACACUAAGGAUGACCUGUCCGAUCUGGAGAUCCACCUGGACCGUUCCAAGAUUCUGACUCAUGGUCGUCCUGCUGUGGAGAAGUACCUGCAGAAGCUGCAUGUCUACAAGAGCACUGCAGACUUCGAAGCGGGCAAGAAGCUUUAUGACGAUAUCACGUCGGUCGAUGAGUGGUGGGGUACCAAGGUCCGCGAGAUUGUUCUCAAGAACAAAAUCCCUCGCAAGGUCUUCGUGCAAGGCAACACCAUCUUGAAUGGGGAUGAAGUAACUCUCAAGGAGUACGAGCCUACGCUUGAAGGUAUGAUUCAGAGUUUUGUGGAGCGUAAUGUUUGAACGUAAGGCGUUGAGGACGAGGCCGGAGGAGUAUUAAAGGGUUGAUCAAUAACGCUGGAUACUCGAGGCUCUCCUCUCUGCAUGGUGGUACAUAUUGAGUGGAAAUGUGGCACACUGCCUGCUUUAGUAGUAUGGAUUGGAUCUAUCAGGCAUGCAUCAUCCAUAUGACUUGCAUAUAAUCAGAAAUCUUUAUCCUACCAUCUAC